AUGGAAUUUUGGGCUUGUUCAAUUUUGUUCAUAUUUUCUAUUGCUUUUUUAUGUUUAGUUUCCAACCCUCUGCGUGCCUUUGCCUACAAUCCAGACCACAUAGGUGGCAUUACUCCCCCCUACUUGACCUAUUUGAAAUCUGAUUAUUUGCCCUGCGCUGGAGUCCUGAUCCACCCUCUUUGGGUCAUCACAGCUGCACACUGCAAUUUACCGAGAGUACGGGUUAUCGUGGGAAUCUCAAACCCAAGCGACCCCAGUGAAAAGGAUGUGCAACUGUUUAGCUCUGAUAAUAUGAUCCACCAUCCACAAUUCUCAGUCUCAUCCAUUGAGUAUGACCUCAUGCUAAUUAAGCUGAAAAGGCCUGUUAAACUCAGUCGUUAUGUGCAGGUGGUCAACCUGCCCCAGCGAGUUGCGACGGAGGGUACCAUGUGCAGUGUCUCCACCUGGGGCUACAACUUAUGCGAUCUCUCCAAGGACCCUGACACACUACAAACUGUGAACAUCUCUGUAAUCUCCCAGGCUGAGUGUCAAAAUGCCUACACAGCUUAUGAUAUCCAAGAUAAUAUGAUCUGUGUGGGCAUCGUGCCAGGAAGACGGCUGCCUUGCAAGGAGGUCUCAGCUGCCCCAGCCGUCUGCAAUGGGGUACUCUACGGAAUCCUGACGUUCGCAGAUGGGUGCGUCUUAAGGGCCGACGUUGGCAUCUAUGCGAGUAUCUUCCACUACCUACCCUGGAUCCAUGAAACAAUAAUGAAUAACUGA